AUGCAUAGAGUUCCGGCCAGCAACAUAUCCACCAUAAAGUCUGGCGGUGACACCCCAGAUGUCUCUGAAGAGGUACUUGGCAAUAACUCUCGUAUAGCACUCGGGAACUCUAUCGAGGAUGUAAGCAAUCAUAGAAUAUCUUAUGAAUUUGUUCUGAAUUGCCUGCGCAAUAACCGGUUACCAGAGGAGGUUGUAAUCUCCCUCAAGGAGAUUAUCAAACAACAGAGUGGUGAAGGCAAUGGUGGUUCCCAUGAUGCGCGCCUGGUGAACGGCGAGCAAGGACAAUCUGAUGCGCCAAAAAUGGCGUAUUCAGUCGAGUAUUCCAACAGCCAAACUGGAAACAGUGGGGUCUCUGAAGACGCCGAUUUAUCAGAUUUAGUCGACCAACAUACGUUUACUGAGAUGGUAUACGACAAUAGGCAGCAAUUUGGCAUACGACCAGAUGCCGUCAGCCUGUAUGGAGCAUCCGCCAACACCAACGUCAAUACGACCGAAAAUUUUGGUUAUACGGGUUCCAAUGUGUCUACAACACAUAACGCACCAGAGGCUGACCUCAAUGCACAACUCGCACAAUUCCUUACAGGUUUCUCCCAGACAGGCGCCGAUGAAUCCUUCUCUGGAUGGGUACAACCUUCCGCAUUUGCAGGCUUAAUGGCGCCUAGCCAGUACUUUGGCACCCGUGUAGGUCAAUCCCUCCCACAAAACAUUUUCGCUCCUGGUGCUCUUCAAAGUCAGCCAGUCAUUCCAAAUGUGAAGACCCCGACGGACCCGUAUGGUUGGGCACAAACCUCAGCUACGGCCCCAGUAACUAGUUUGCCCUCCGACUACAGGACCGUCAGCGAUGUCGGGUAUUCGAUGAUUAACGGUCCCGCCCUACUUGGGGCUGGGAACAGCGGAUAUUACGGUCUCGACACUCUUACCUCGAAUACUGCAAACACCCCUUCUCCUGGAGCGAUGGGAAACAAUUUUACACUUACAAAUGAAGGAGCUCAGAACCAGCAGAAUCAACAAUGGGAUGCGCAGCCGGCUCCGAUUGGCCAAAAUCAAUUUGGCCAAAUCAACUCUAUGUACCCCGUGUCUAUUGCUAGCCCAUUGUCUGCUGCGAGGCUUUCGACAACUGUUGCAAGAGCUCGCAAGCUUGGUGGAGACGACGGCCUCCAUGCAAUGAGCCCUGUCCGAUGCGCAAAUCCUGAUACCAGGCGUGGACAACCUGUGGAAGUACAACUUAUUGCCGGCCCAAGUCGAGCUUCGUUUUCGGAGUUCAGGGUGCCUGAUAUCUGUGACGUGGACUCACCCAAAACCUCAAGCCCAAGUCACUCCUCUUCCCCAGCUACUUCUUCCUAUGACACGGAUGCUUCCUUGGGUAUCCGAGAAUACAGUGAUGCUCGUCAGCGUUAUAGUGGAAAUUUUAUGAACAAUCGCACACAGAAUGCAAGAACCCCGUCGCGUAAAGCCAAAAAAGCGCCAUCAGGCUCCCAAGCACCAGAGCCUCUUCAUGGUGGGGCGUAUUCAGCCAUCUCAUUUGUUGCAGCGGAUACCAACAUAAGGGGCUCAUAUAUCCGAAAUUUCACCAAAAAAGUAAUUACCAUUGGGGUUAAAGGUAUAGAAGCUAGAAACGGUGUGCCUCUCCAUCAAUUGGACACUGUUCAACUGGAACACUCCUUCAGAGCGUUGGGGCUUAAUGUUCCCGCAGAAUUUUUCUCAGAAUUCGAGUUCCCUGCUCAGGAGCAGGAGAAUCAACAUCAUGCAGAUAGAAGUUCUUUGGAUCCGACACAGUUCCUAUUCGCUGAUGCGGAAGGCAACCCAGGAGUGAACAUGGCAGACUUAUGUCACCAGAAGAUAACCAUUAGAGGCGCAGACGAUAGGCUGUUCUCACACGGCCUGUUAAAAGAAAUCAGGUUUGUAAUAACUUUUCCAGGGUUACAUUUUCCUCCGAAGAAAAUUAAACUUCCUAAUUCGAAGAGAGACGGAUUUUGCACCCGAGGAAAUCUUGCGUUCCAAAUAGCGGCCAUGAUACUAGAUUUCUGGGUGAAAAUGGCAAAAGAACCUCGUCCUAACAACUAUCAAGUCGGCACCACCUGGGUGGGACUACAAGGAUAUUGGGAUUGGGGGCCUGUUUCUUUUUGGGAUUCAUCUCACCAAAAUGGGGCAUUGGUGCGCAACAAUCGGCGUGCGGGAGAAGCCAACAUCUUAGGACUAGGAUACAAUGAAUACAUGUGCUACUUUUAG